AACUACAUUUUCUUUCUUUCCGGAGUACAUGCUAUGUGUCAGGCACAAUUACUCUACAUGUCACUAGGAAUACAGAGAUCAUUAAGACACAGUCACCAUUGCUAAGAAGCCCACAUUUGACUGGGUACACAAAAAUUGUUUAAUUCUUAACAACCAUUUGAUGGCAGACGUAAGUAUUUGACUCCAAGUCCCCAUGCUCUUUUUACAUUCCAACAAUCGUCUCUUGGAUCUUUUCAUCACAUAGAGCAGAGAGAAAAAUUAAGCAACAAUUAAUAGCUGACUCUUUCUCAGCACCUACUGUGUGCCAGGCACAGUUUUCAUGGCCUACAGUUUUAUCUUAUUGAAUCCUUAACCAUUUUGCAGAAGAGAAAACUCGCUUACAUGUUUUCUUAGGCUUGCCCAAGGUCCACAGCUGCUAAAUUGCAGAGUCAAGGUUGGAACUCCAGAGCCUGUGUACAGUUAAAUGUCUACACAAAGUCCCAGGAAUAGUUAGGGCUUCCCAGGGAGGGCCCAUGAGUAUUCUGCUCACUAUAUCACCUUGGCCUAGCACAGGUGAGGGGCACUCAGUAUAUUUUAAUUAAAUCAGUGAAUAAAUGAAUGAAUUUACCAACCUGCUGGAAAUGAGGAGAAUGGAAACGUCUCCUGGAGAGAAUACUUGGGAACUCUAGAGUUUGCCCAUUCAUUCCUUCACUCCCUCUUAAACUCCUGCAUAAAGGACACUGCCCUCUGCCCACGACGGUGCUUAUGAUACAGACAGAGCCAAAGAUACAGGAGACACAGUUUUGAUCUUCAUUAUUCCCAACUGAAUGCUGCGUCCCAGGCACCCUAUCAUCUCACAGUAUUUACCACAACUACCCUAUGGGCUAAUCCUCUAUCUCUAUUUUACAGAUUUACAAUCUCAGAGUGGCAAAGUCUCCUUAGGCCAAGAUGGCUCAGCGGAUUCCACGGCAGCCAUCACAGGCUGAGCGUCGCAGUGCGAAGCAGGCGCGGCAGGGAGGCUGACUUCACGGGGAAACCACUCCCCAGCCAUCAUUCUGGGCCUUGCAAAUCCAACCCUCCUUUCUAAGAUCCCAGCCCGCCAUUCUACAGGCAAAUCCGCCGCAGCGUUCCAUCCCACCCGUGUAGCCAGCGCGACAUCCGCUGUCGACAACGUCAUUUCCGGCGCGACGGCCCCGGUGCAUCCGGUGUCUGGCGUAGGAGAGACUGCCUUCUUUCUCGGACUGUGAGUUGAGUUCGGUACGCUGGAAUCUUGGAGAGUGACUGGCCAUGUCACUGUCCCACUUGUACCGGGAUGGGGAAGACCGCAUUGAUGAUGAUGAUGACGAGCGGGAGAACUUUGAGAUCACCGACUGGGAUCUCCAGAAUGAGUUCAACCCCAACCGACAGCGCCACUGGCAGACCAAGGAAGAAGCCACCUACGGGGUGUGGGCAGAGCGAGACUCCGAUGAGGAGAGGCCCAGCUUUGGAGGCAAACGGGCCCGUGACUACUCUGCGCCAGUCAACUUUAUCAGCGCGGGGCUCAAGAAAGGGGCGGCAGAGGAGGCAGAGUUGGAAGAUUCUGAUGACGAAGAGACACCUGUUAAGCAGGAUGACUUUCCUAAGGAUUUUGGACCAAAGAAGUUAAAAACGGGUGGCAAUUUUAAGCCCAGCCAGAAAGGUUUUGCAGGAGGAACCAAAUCUUUCAUGGACUUCGGCAGCUGGGAAAGACACACGAAAGGAAUUGGACAGAAGCUUCUUCAGAAGAUGGGCUACGUCCCUGGACGGGGCCUCGGGAAGAAUGCACAAGGUAUCAUUAACCCAAUCGAAGCCAAGCAGAGAAAAGGAAAAGGUGCUGUGGGAGCUUAUGGAUCCGAGCGUACCACGCAGUCCAUGCAAGACUUCCCUGUGGUUGACUCAGAAGAAGAAGCUGAAGAGGAGUUUCAGAAGGAGCUGAGCCAGUGGAGGAAAGACCCAAGUGGAAGCAAGAAGAAGCCCAAAUACUCUUACAAGACUGUGGAAGAGUUGAAGGCCAAGGGCAGGAUUAGCAAGAAGCUCACUGCUCCCCAGAAGGAGCUUUCUCAAGUCAAGGUCAUCGACAUGACAGGCCGAGAGCAGAAGGUCUAUUACAGCUACAGUCAGAUCAGCCACAAGCACAACGUUCCCGAUGACGGGCUGCCGCUGCAGUCCCAGCAGCUGCCGCAGUCUGGCAAAGAGGCCAAGGCCCCGGGCUUCGCGCUGCCCGAGCUGGAGCACAACCUGCAGCUGCUCAUCGACCUCACCGAGCAGGAGAUCAUCCAGAAUGACCGGCAGCUACAGUAUGAGCGGGACAUGGUGGUCAACCUCUUCCAUGAGCUGGAGAAGAUGACCGAGGUCCUGGACCAUGAGGAGCGCGUCAUCUCCAACCUCAGCAAGGUCUUGGAGAUGGUGGAGGAGUGCGAGCGGCGGAUGCAGCCCGACUGCAGCAACCCCCUCACCCUGGACGAGUGCGCCCGCAUCUUUGAAACCCUGCAGGACAAGUACUAUGAGGAGUACAGGAUGUCUGACCGUGUGGACCUCGCCGUGGCUAUCGUCUAUCCACUCAUGAAGGAGUACUUCAAGGAGUGGGAUCCCCUCAAAGACUGCACUUAUGGUACCGAGAUCAUCUCCAAAUGGAAAAGCCUCCUAGAGAACGACCAGCUCUUGUCCCAUGGCGGACAGGACCUCUCAGCAGAUGCCUUUCACAGGUUGAUAUGGGAAGUCUGGAUGCCUUUCGUUCGAAAUAUCGUCACCCAGUGGCAGCCAAGAAACUGUGACCCGAUGGUGGACUUUCUGGAUAGUUGGGUGCACAUUAUUCCUGUGUGGAUCUUAGAUAACAUACUGGACCAACUCAUCUUCCCCAAGCUGCAGAAGGAGGUGGAAAACUGGAACCCACUCACAGACACUGUUCCCAUCCACUCUUGGAUCCACCCAUGGCUGCCCCUCAUGCAGGCACGGCUGGAGCCGCUGUAUUCUCCCAUCCGUAGCAAGCUGUCCAGCGCCCUGCAGAAGUGGCACCCCAGUGACUCCUCUGCAAAGCUCAUCCUCCAGCCCUGGAAGGACGUCUUCACUCCUGGCUCCUGGGAAGCAUUCAUGGUCAAAAACAUAGUGCCCAAGCUGGGGAUGUGUCUUGGUGAGCUAGUCAUUAACCCCCACCAGCAGCACAUGGAUGCUUUCUACUGGGUGAUCGACUGGGAAGGAAUGAUCUCUGUCUCUAGCCUGGUGGGACUUCUUGAAAAGCACUUCUUCCCCAAGUGGCUGCAGGUGCUGUGCUCCUGGCUCAGUAACAGCCCAAAUUAUGAGGAGAUCACCAAGUGGUACCUGGGUUGGAAGUCUAUGUUCUCAGACCAAGUGCUGGCACAUCCAUCUGUCAAGGACAAAUUUAACGAAGCACUUGAUAUCAUGAACCGGGCGGUGUCCUCCAACGUUGGGGCCUACAUGCAGCCGGGAGCACGGGAGAACAUUGCCUAUCUCACCCACACGGAGCGGAGGAAGGACUUCCAGUACGAGGCCAUGCAGGAGAGGCGGGAGGCCGAGAACAUGGCCCAGAGGGGCAUUGGUGUGGCCACCAGCUCUGUGCCCAUGAACUUUAAGGACCUCAUUGAGACCAAGGCUGAGGAGCACAACAUUGUCUUCAUGCCCAUCAUUGGGAAGCGACACGAAGGGAAGCAGCUCUAUACCUUUGGCCGCAUUGUGAUCUACAUCGACCGGGGAGUGGUCUUUGUCCAGGGCGAGAAGACCUGGGUGCCCACCUCACUGCAGAGCCUGAUCGAUAUGGCCAAGUGAACUGUGGCAGGUCCAGAGACUUGUACCUGAGCGGCAUGUGUUGUGAAUAAACAAUAUUUUAGAUCACCUUCAAAA